AUGGGGUUACUAACACUAACCGCACUUUUCUUCGCGUUAUUAACUAUAACAAACCAAGAACCAGCAAACACCUAUUAUUUUCCCAACUAUUACUGCAAUCCAUCGCUCUGCCAAAAUGGUGGUCCUCAUGUUGCCUGUUAUUCUUCAUAUCCUUUUGGCGUCAGUUGUACUGGAAAACAACCACAAAUAGUACCUAUGACCGCUGAUCUCAAGGCUCAAAUCCUUGACCAACACAAUAGGCAACGUGCUCAGUUGGCCAGCGGACAGCUACCUGGAUAUGCUCCUGCUGCGAACAUGCCGACACUGCAGUGGGAUUUAGAAUUACAAUAUUUGGCAGAAGCCAAUGCACGAUCAUGUGAAUACGGUCAUGAUAAGUGUCGUAAUACUUAUUGGAGUAAAUAUGUGGGUCAGAAUAUUGCUAUUUUGAGACACUUUGGAUUGCAAAUCUCCAAACCAGAAUCGAUCAAGUACUUUAUGGAUGCAUGGUUCAACGAAUAUGUGUACGCUUAUUCUUACGUAGAUAGCUAUCCGAAAUAUUAUUAUGGGCCGCAAAUAGGUCAUUUCACGCAGAUAAUCAGUGAUCGCACAAUCAAGAUUGGCUGUGGUAUGACUACAUUUAAAACAUAUAAUGGGAAUGUUUGGACGAAUGAUUAUUUCGUAUGCAAUUAUUCGUUUACAAAUAUAAUCGGACAACCGACGUACACCAAAGGAGCUCCAGCCUCGCAGUGUUCUUCUGGGCCCAACUAUGCUUAUCCUGGACUCUGCAAUUAA